AUGGGGCUUAAAAAAAUCCAAAUGCGACUCAAGGAGCAAAAUGCUAUAUUACCCGGACAAACGAAAAUCAUUGAAAACGCUCUCGACAUAGUUGUAAAAGAAAUUAAUUGGCAACUUAGAUUGAUCGGAUUCAGGUUGAAUGAUGAUCGCGUCAAUGAUGACGUCCUUGACAAUUUGCGGCGCUUGGACAGGAAACUUGGCAAAAAUAAGUAUAAAGAUGGGGACAAUCUUAACGACAUUUAUUAUACACUUUAUUGGUUGCAAGAUUGGCCGUUUAAACAGUAUCCUAACACUAUUAAUCAAGCCAAGCAAGAAAUUGUAGAUGAACUCAAUACCCUUCGAGGUGUGUUGCAAGGCAAUGCAAGCGACGAAGAUGUCAUUACAACACUGAACGAUUUGCAGAACAAUGGGCUUAAUAAUGUAUCCAAUUGGAAGAGUCAUAAUGGUAGCCCAGUUGCUGGCCUCGCAAAAAUAAAUGGUGAACUUAAAGCUCAACAAAAUACGUUAGGACAACAACCCGAACAAAUCGGCGGUGGCGUCCAGUCAAUCACCACUGAGCUUGACAAACUUAGAAACCAGUUGAAUGACAAUGUCACCGAAAAGCUCAAGAAGCUGAAAGACCAUGGCCUUACUGACGGCGGAAACAACUGGACACUUAAUGGCGAUGCAGACAAAGGCCUCACUAACAUCACCGCAGACAUCGUAGCCAUAAAAACAGAGAACGUUAAGGACGUGAAGGAGAAACUCAAAGAGCUGUGCACAGAAAUUCGUACCUUAGCGAGGGAGGCAAAAAGGGACUUGGAACAUGUGAAAAAAGACAGGCUGGAGUAUGAGUUGACUGGAAUAAAAGACCAAUUGCACAACCUGCAGAUCCGUCUGGUGAGUGGGCCAAUCAAGGCCUGCAAGGAGUUCAUUAAUAAAGACGCCGACAGGUUCGGAAGGGAAUGCAUUGCGUCCCUCACAGCGUUCGUCGACGGCCAAGUGGCCACCGCAAUCGAGGACUUAACAGCCUUCGCGAGGCAGCAGUGCGCCGCCAACAUCAAGGAGGCGCUGGAGGCCUUCGCCCGGAAGGUGGAAGAGGAAUUAAGUCCCUUACCCCCGUUAAUAAAUGGAGAUCUGCAGAUAGGGUAUAAGGGGUUUGUGUAUGAUUUCCAGCAACGCUUCGAGUCUCACAUCUCUCCUCUAAAGGGUACGCUGCAACUCGACGCCCUGUCCACAGCCUUCAAGCGGUUCCACCUGGCGCUCUCGGGAUACCUCAGCACAGAGAUCAAGAGAGUGCACAGCGAGGAGAGCAAGAAGAAGAAUCCCUCACUGCCUCCGGCAGAGGAUCACUACGCCGAGAGGCUUUAUCGAGUCACCCACGCGCUCGAGGAUUUACUAGAGCACAUCGGCAGGGGGAAACGUUUCGACCGCAGACUUCCCGAAAUGCUCGAUAAACUCGCCGAGGCAGUCGGAGCGUUGCGGCCGGAGAAAUUCGCCAAAGUCACAACUCCGAUACUCGACGGCGUGGCGGAGGCAGCGGACAAGUUUGAGAAGGAACUGAGAACAGUGUACAUCUCCACAUACGACGGGGCCUUCGGGGACUGCGUGCUCUACCACGCGGCGAAAAAGACGCACACCCCGGAGGCCUCCAAAUGCGCCUUCGUUCUGCUGACAAUAACCGACACGCUGUUCCGCGAUUUGAACGAGCUCAGAAUGAAAUGCGCAGAUGAGUGGUCUCAUAUGUUAAUAAAUCCAUUCACCCCCCUGGGCGCCUUCCUCCAGCAACGCGGCUACCGGGUCACCUCGGCGGGCGUUCCGGACGGCGAGCUCAGGAACGACAGUGACUGCAGCGGCCAGAAGAUUAGAGAGCUCACCGAUAAUAUCAUGGAGCCACUCGACGAACUCCACGACAUGCUCAAGUGUUACCUGCGUCUCUGUCACUUGCGUGUUCCGUCUCAGCCGCGGUACCCCGGCACCGUCAGGGACAUUCUCGCGUGGUUCGCAGGGCUUCCUUACUCCGUGCUCUAUGAGCGCGUGCAGGGCAUUGCAACGUCCUGUUCAGGGGCGAGGGUGAUGCAGUGGUCAAGCAUUGCUUGGGAUCCAUCCCAGGCGCACUCAGCCUUGUCACGCACCGCUGCAGCGCCCUGCUCACCACCAUUUGCGGUAACGGCAGAGGCUUCGACCACGCCGACUACCCCUACGCCUGCAACUUCUGGGACAACUCACGCGGCCUCCACUACCCCUCAGACCUCGCCGAUUUGUUACAUAUGCUGA